AUGGGAGUUAAUGGAGGUGGGUGUGAAAAAGAGGAGGGAGGCUCAAGAGAUAGGAAUGGAGUAGGUAGUCUAGUUGACGCGGAUCUUAGGGAGUGUGUGAUAGAGGUGAAGAGGAUCAGUGAUAGGAUGAUCUUUAUUAAGCUAGUUGUAGGCAGGAUUUUUGUGAACAUUGUUAGUGCGUAUGCACCCCAUGUGGGUUUGGAUGAAGAAGUCAAAAGGCUCUUUUGGGAGAAUUUGAAUGCAGUAGUAAGAGGUAUACAUAGUACUGAAAAGAUUUUCAUUGGUGAAGAUUUCAAUGGUCAUAUCAUUACAACUUCAAAUGGUUUUGACGAUGUCCAUGAAGACUUUGGUUUUGAGGAAAGGAAUGGAGGCGGGGUUUCUCUCUUGGAGUUUGCCAAAGCUUUUGAGUUGGUUAUUGCUAAUUCGUAUUUUUUAAAGAGGGAUAAUCAAUUGGUCACCUUUAGUAGUACAAUAGCUAGGACUCAGAUUGACUACUUACUCCUCCAAAAGGGUGAUAGAGGCCUUUGUAAGGAUUGCAAGUUGGUUGUAUUAGAAAAGCAGUUACCGAGGUUCUUUGGGUAUCGAGAGGAAUCUUUGGUGGUCGUUAAGGAGAUUGGUGGUGGAAUGGAGAAGUACAAAGCAAAGUGA